AUGAUUGAAAACGUCACGUCUUCAUCAACUUUCAAACGUACUGAAAAUAAAACAAGAGUUCUUCGACGUUUUUUUAAAAAAUUUCUUAAUGAUUGGUCAUUUGAUUUAGCAUCAAUGAUUGCUUUUAAUUUAAUGGUUGCUCUUUUACCAAUAGCUAUAACACUUUUUGGUAUAUUAGGUCUCAUUUUAAAUGAUCGUCCUCAAAUUCAACAAGAUCUGAAAGAUAAUAUAAUUCAAUUAUUUCCAUCAGACAAUACAACACAAGUUGCAAUUAAACAAGUAUGUUUAUAUUAA